CGGCUGAUUCCGACCCAUCCAAGCAUCUCCUCUCCUCCGAAUCUCCUCCACCUCUCCCACACAUCUCCUCUCCUCCCCUCGCCGCCGUCGACGCAGAGGCUUGGCUCAUCGCGGCGCCAGUGACUGAUCGAUGGCCGCGGCCUCCAUCCCCGCGAGCUCCCAGCCCUUCAAGCUGAUCCUGGGGUCAUCGUCGGUGGCCAGGAAGCAUAUACUCGCCGAGAUGGGGCUCGAAUUCGAAGUCAUGACUGCAGAUAUCGACGAGAAGAGCAUCAGGAGGGAGAACCCCGACGAGCUAGUGACGAUCCUUGCGGAGGCCAAGGCUGAUGCUAUCAUGUCCAGAUUGAAUAUUUCUGAUUACCAGAAAGAAGGCGACAGGCCAACACUCCUGAUCACUUCUGACAUAGUGGUCGUCCAUGAAGGGAUUAUCAGAGAAAAGCCAACCACGAAGGAAGAAGCACGCCAAUUCCUGAAAGGUUAUUCUGGCAGCCAUGUCGCAACCGUGGGGUCUGUAGUCGUAACUAAUCUGACAACUGGGAAGAGGCUUGGAAGCCUAGACAAAGCUGAGGUGUACUUCCAUGAUAUACCAGAUGAGGUCAUUGAAAACCUGAUCGAUGAGGGGGUAGUAUUUAGGGUCGCAGGUGGCCUGUUGCUUGAACAUCCAUUGACAUUACCAUUUGUUGAAGCAGUGGUUGGUUCUAGUGACAGUGUAAUGGGGAUCUCGAAGGAUCUUGCAAACAAAUUAAUCCAGGAUGCAUUGUAGCCUAGCAAUAUUUGGUGCUCUGUUCAUUCAUCACAUUUAUUACUGCUCCCAAAGAGAUACUACCUAUCGGUGAAAAUAUGUCAGGGACAUGGUGGUAUACUGGUAUCUCAUAGUCAUUUUUGUAGCUCAAAAGCUUUUGAAGGAUUUCAGAACCUGACACACGAAGACGCAUGGCGUUCAAGAACACUUCAGUUCCUCUGUCUACUGUUUUGAUGAGAUUUUUAUCAUUGUACUUACACCUUUACUGAAUAUAUACACUGUCAUUGUGAAGCGUUCAGUCGAUACCUUAAUGGAAAACGAGGAUGUUGCCAAAGAAUUCGCAAUUUAAAUGUUAAAUCGAGAAAGACUUGUGUCAUGUU